UGUAUGUAUUGGGCUCUUUGUACUUACGCUUAAAAUUGCCUAUGAUCGGCCCAGCUCAAGAGCCAACCCUAAGCACCGCCUCUUUACCAUCAAAGAAACAGGUAAAUUUUGCCGAAACCAGACUCCAGUGCCAGCCGUCUACUCAGAAACCAGAGCAGUAACAAUGAAGGUGCGAUCAUCAGUAAAGAAGAUGUGUGAAUUUUGUAAGACAGUAAAACGUCGUGGACGUGUAUAUAUAAUUUGCUCUUCUAAUCCUAAGCACAAGCAACGACAAGGAAUGUCAACGUUUGCAAAUGAAGGACCGAUCCCAUCCAUGUUUAUGGAAACAAAAGCCAAGCAGGAGAUUGCACCCACUCAGAGCUUCCAGACGGGGCUGGCUGCUCUGAUGCCCAAAAAACAUGAGCCAUCACUGAUAUAUGGAUGGAGGGCCAACCUGGCAUCUCUUCUCUUUAAACAGGGAAAAUAGCUUUAAAAUCGAGUUUUUUAGGCUUUUGAAUACGUAACCAUAGUUUUCAGCUUUACUUUAUCGUGUCUUAAUUUGAUCUCUCUUUUCAAAUUUUGACUUAUCUUGGCAUACUCAUAAAUCACCAUGUUGUUACUGAGGGAAGAUGUUAUACUGAAGAAACAACUCUUGUAAUCUGCAUAAGAGAAACAGGGAAUACCAUUGAUACAUUAGUGAAUGGUUUCUUUGAUCA